GACAAUUAGCCACCAGCGAGCCCCUGCAGACAGCGAGUUAAUUAGGGGUUUCCUGCUCUCCGGCAUGCCCUGUCCCAGCUCCUGCCCCCCAGGGCUCUUAGCCCUGAUGGCACCUGGGCUGGCCCUCAUGGCCACCUUCUCGCUGCCUUCCCAGGCUGGGGACAGGAGAGCACUGCCGGUGGAGAAACCUCCAGGUGUGAAGGGAAGAACUCUCAUUCUCCUUGAUGUCAACACCAAGAGCCCUGUCAGGAUAAUCAGUGAGAAUUUCCUCUCCCUGCAGCUGGACCCCUCCAUCAUUCAUGAUGGCUGGCUCGAUUUCUUAAGCUCCCGGCGGCUGGUGACCCUGGCGCGGGGCCUGGCCCCCGCCUUCCUGCGCUUCGCGGGGAAGAGGACGGACUUUUUGCAGUUCCACAACGUGAAGAAUCCGGCCAAGAGCCGCGGCGGGCCCGGCCCCGACUACUACCUCAAGAACUACGAGGACGACAUUGUUCGCAGCGACAUUGCCCUGGAUAAGCAGAAAGGCUGUAAGAUCGCCCAGCAUCCUGACAUAAUGUUGGAGCUACAGAGGGAAAAGGCAGCUCAGAUGCACUUGGUUUUGUUAAAGGAGCAGUUUUCAAACACAUACAGCAACCUCACACUAACAGCCAGGUCUCUAGACAAACUCUAUAACUUUGCUGACUGCUCUGGCCUUCACCUGAUCUUUGCACUGAAUGCUUUGCGCCGAAAUCCCAACAACUCCUGGAACAGCUCCAAUGCCCUCAGCCUGCUGAAGUACAGUGCCAGCAAGAAGUACAACAUCUCCUGGGAGCUGGGCAAUGAGCCCAAUAACUAUCGGACCCUGAUGGGCCGCUCAGUGAAUGGCAGCCAGCUGGGCAGGGACUACACCCAGCUGAGAAGCCUGCUGCAGCUCAUCCGCACCUACUCCAGAGCACACCUCUAUGGGCCCAACAUUGGAAGGCCCAGGAAGAACGUCGUGGCUUUCCUGGAAGGGUUCAUGAAGGUGGCUGGUGGCACAGUGGAUGCUGUUACCUGGCAACAUUACUACAUAGAUGGUCGAGUGGCCAAGGUGACAGACUUCCUGAAAACACGGCUGUUAGACACUCUGUCAGACCAGAUCAGGAAAAUCCAGAAGGUAGUGAACACGUACACACCAGGGAAGAAGAUCUGGCUGGAAGGUGUUGGCAUGACCUCAGCUGGAGGCAUGAACAACCUCUCCGACUCAUAUGCAGCUGGGUUCCUGUGGCUGAACACGCUGGGGCUGCUGGCCAGCCAGGGCAUCGACGUGGUGGUGCGCCACUCCUUCCUCGACCACGGCCACAACCACCUGGUGGACCAGAACUUCAACCCCUUGCCGGACUACUGGCUGUCCCUGCUUUACAAGCGCCUCAUUGGUCACAAGGUGCUGGCGAUCCACGUGGCCGGCCUGCAGAGGAAGCCCCGGCCCGGCAGAGUCAUCCGCGACAAGCUCCGCAUCUACGCGCACUGCACCAGCUACCACAAUCACAACUAUGUCCGAGGAUCCAUCACCCUUUACAUCAUCAACCUGCACCGCUCCCGGAAGAAAAUCAAGCUGGCAGGGACGCUGCGGGAUAAGAUUGUCCACCAGUACCUGCUGCAGCCCUAUGGCAAGGAUGGGCUGCACUCCAAGUCGGUCCAGCUCAACGGGCAGCCGCUGGCCAUGGUGGAUGACGGGACUCUCCCCGAGCUGAAGCCUCGCCCGCUGCGGGCCGGCCGCACCCUGGUCAUCCCCCCGCUGACUAUGAGCUUCUACGUGGUGAAGAAUGUGAACGCGCUGGCCUGUCGGUACCGAUAGCCUGGGCCCAGCAGGGACUCGCCAGCCCCGCUCCUGCCCCUGUGCACUGCCCAGGUCACGCUGCCUCCUCGGCAGCCCACGCAGCCUCGCCGUGGGGCCGUGCUGGGCAGCUCCACGCCGUGCCCUCAUCCUCACCCCCAGGAUGUCCUCCCGCUUGGGACCAUCCUGCCCUGUGACCGCAGAGCUCCACGUGCCCUGGCCACCAUCCCGCCAGAGCAGUGCGACGGCCAACUUGCAGGGCCUGCCAUCCUCCGUCCUGUGAGCUGCGAGAAGCAGCCGGGCCCUGAUGCCCACUGGCUGCAGGGAAGGUUGGGGUGCUGAGCCCCGGUAUAUCCCGGGACGAACACCCUCCCCGACCCCCCCUGGUCCCGCUGCCCCUCGGGACGACCCCUGCAGCAGCCGGACCCCCUCCCCGGCGGCGGGCAGUGCUCCGGUGCAGCAAGCGCAUGGAA